AUGGAUUAAAAAAAAAGUCUUAGCGAUUUGAAAUAGGCAUUGACUUAUCGUAAUAGAAGCAAAGAUAUUAUUGAUAUAAUCGCUAAGGGAGUUUAAGAUCUUAAAUUCUUUAAAGAAAAAUAGUAGUUAUUUGAUCCAGCAUUAUAUUGUUAGAUGCUUAAAAAAAUUUAGUUGAGAGAAUUCAAAAAAGCAGAAGUCGUAUUUCAUUAUGGUAAUAUCAUUUUGAUUGGUAGGCUCUAAUAAUGUUGAAUAAUUUUAUGUUAUUCUUUAAGGAUAAGUUGCAAUUUUAUGUCCAAAUGAUAAAAACAUUACUCAUCAACAAGUUAUAGAUGAAUAUUAAAAAGGAAUUGAUUCUAAUUCAUCAUAAUUAAGAAGAUCUUCAGCUAUUUAUAGUCCUAGAUUAUCAGCUUUUAAUAAUAGAGCAUUAAAAGAUAUAAUUAUGGCUUAAGCUUACGGCAAUUUUCUAGGAAUCAGUAAUUAUUCAAUUAUAUAGUUGAUUUUUGUAGAUAUUCAAAAAGUCGAUUAAGAAUCCUUAAUUGAAGAAUACACUAAUAAUCCUAACUAAAUAUCAAUCGAUAAAUGGUUAGAUAAUUUAGUUAAAAGACUCUUUCCAAGUUUACAUAUAGUAAACAUGUGUUGUACAGGAGAUUAAUUUGGAGAAAUUGCCCUUAUUGGAAAUGUUACUAGAACUGCUACUGUUUUAUGCACUUAAGAUACAGUUAUGAUUACUUUAGCUAAUCCAGAUUUUCAAGCUAUUUUAUAAUAAUAUCAUGAUUAAGUUAAAAAUGAAAAGAUUUCUCUACUUAGAAACUUUGAACUCUUUAGUAAAUUAUCUGAUAAACGAUUAAGAAGUAUUCUAGAAAACAUUAUCGUUUAAAAACCUUCAAUGUUUAGUGUCAUUUAUAUGGAAAAUUCUAUCCCAGAAUAUAUUUAUUUCAUUAAAUAAGGAGAAAUUGAAUUAUUAAAAGUAUUUCCUCGCAAUAAAACAGUCUCUAUUACCUUACUUUAAGUUGGCUGUGUCUUUGGAUAUGAAGAAGUUUCAUAAAAUAUCCCUAGAGAAUAUAGAGCUAUAUCUAAAUCUUCUCAAUGCGAAUUAUAUUUAUUACCAGUUGAAACUAUAUAAUAAUUUGAAAAAAAAAAUUCAUAAUCUUUAGAAAAAAAAUUUCAUCAUGAAAGAUUAGAUAGAUUAUUAAGUGAUAAAAAAAUUUAGAAAAAAAAUUCAUAAAUUACUUAAAAUUCAAUUGAAUUAUAUAAAACAGUGUUUGAAAAAGAAUAUUCUAAUCUUUUUAGCCAUGCUUUACUUAAAAAAAGGUAUUUUAUCCAUAUUAUUUUUAGAAUUAUAUCACCUAAACAUAGAAAAAUGUUAUCAGAACCUUUUACUCCUUUCUUUGAAAUAGAUAAAAAAUCUUUCUCUUCUAAAAAGCAAUUAACAGAUAGGAAAACCAUGAAUACUACUACAACAAGAUAUAAUAAAGAAAACUCCACAAGAUAAUUCAGUACUUAAACUACUAUUAAUAUACACAGGCAUUUGUUUAGUCCUAAAGUUAGUAAAAGACAACUAGAUACAAUCAUGCCAUUCAAAAAAAUUCUCUAAUGA